AUGUCCCAGGGGGAAGAGGACCCCAAGAGCACAGCUGCAGUGCUGGGGGAUGGGGAGACAGGGCUACUGAGAAUUGUAAACAACACCCUCCCCAAAAUCAGUCUGCGCUCCCUGCCGGGCUUUGGGCACCAGGUGGACUUCAACACACAGCUGCUGGUAGAGAGCAGCGUGCCGGGCCAGCCACUCUGCAAGCAGGUGGAGGUCGAUGCAACCAUGCUGGUCCAGGACACGUGGACAGCUCACCAGAAUGCUCUGAACUGCAAGACUGUUGAGAUAAACACCUAUGUGAGACCCAGAGUGCCAGUUCUGGAGGAGCCUUUGAAACGCCUCCUUAGCAAUGUCCUGCAGGAUCUGGGCUGCAACAUCAUCAACGCCAAGCUCAAGGUGUUGAGCUCCCUGCUCGGCUCCAGGAACCAGGUGCUCCCACUCGGGGCUCUGGGGGACCUGCCCUCCUUCUCCAUCCUCAGCGCUGACGCCAUCCAGAUGGAUCUGAACCUCCUCUCUGAGAAUGCCAGGCCUGGCAUGAUGACCCCCAUGCAGGGACUGCCACUCACUGCCAGCCUGCAGCUGGCCACUGGCCGCCCACCCCGGCUCAGCCUCUCCCAGGACACCCUCAGCGCCCUGCUGCAGCAGGUCCAGGGGCAGGGAGCCCUCAACCUCAGCAUCACCAGCUUGAUGGGUAGCAGUUCCCCUCUGCAAGGCCAGAUUACCCAGAGCAGCUCGCUGACCAUGUCUGCCCUCUUCCCCUUCAUCCCCCAGCUCACCCGGGUCCUCCCUGGCUCUUUGCCACUGGAGCUGCGUGUCCGAGUCAGCAACGAGCCAGUAGUGACUGUGAGGGAUGGAAGAGCCACUGUCACCCUCAAAGCCACCAUCGAUGCUGCCAGUCCUGCCCUGCAGACCGCCCAGGGGAUCCUGUUCUCCCUCGAUGUGGACAUCGUUCUGAGCAUCACCCCAUCAGUCUCUGAUGGCAAACUGCAAACCUCCCUGGCUCUUGACAGCAUCAACCUGACACGUUUCCCCCCGAGUCUUGACGCUUCCACCGUCUCCUCGCUCGCAGAAUGGCUCAAGAAGGUCCUCACAGCUGUAUAUGUACCUUCUGUUAAAGAUGCCUUCCGUGUGUCGGUCCCACUGCCCAACGUCCUCAACAUCAACCUCAGGAACGCUGAAGUCGACAUCACUGAUGUGGACGAGUUUUCCGGCCAGACCACUCUAGGAAAUUCCUGCUUGAGAGGAACCUCGAUGCUGCUCCCCUUCUGA